AUGGAAUUCACGGAGAAGACAUCACCCGAUACAUUCUUCCUUGACAUUGGUGCAAACAUUAGCAUGUACAGUUUGCAUGCAGCUGUGUGGGGGCGAGAUGUGAUCGCCUUUGAGCCAUUUCAAAGGAACUACCAGCGCAUUUGCAAAUCAAUUUCCAUGAAGAAGGCCUUUGAGGAAAGGCUCACUAUAUUCAAUGUUACCCUCACGGACCAUCCAACAACUGUUGGGUUUUCAUCUUUUACUGAAGACAAUUUUGGUAGGGUUCAUGUGGACGAUCAGGAUUCGAAGGCAGAAUCAUCUGGUGCUCCUGUACGUGGAGUAGACUAUGCUCCAGGAGUCGAACUGUCUUCACUGAAAAGUGUGUUGCCUUUGAAUCACCCUGCUGUCAUCAAGAUUGAUGUGGCGGGUACUGAGUGUGGAGCUUUGGGCGGUGCCAUGGAAUACUUGCAUACCCUAGAUAUUCACUAUGUUGCAAUUGAAUGGUGCAUCGAAAUGCGAAAAUGUCAGCAUGCCGAAGCUAUCUUCGAGUUGUUCCGGAAGAACAGGCUAACUCCCUAUCAGUUGCUCUACUUAGAAAAUAAAUGGAAGCCACUCAACCCCACUGAGUGGCGUCAAUGGGGCAACGAUAAGCCCACAUUUGAAGUCUUGAAGACUCAUAAGAUUGGAGUGGGGUGA